CACAGUAAGGAGUCGACUUCACGUGUUUCGUGCGACCUUCUUCCUACUUCCACCACUCCCACGUGAUUCCAGUAUUCCCUGUCAUCAGCAUCAUAGCGUGGAGUGUUGUCGUGACACCUCCGUCUAGCGACUGUCAUUACCAUACGCAUCUUUCCCCUCAUCACUGUGACUCCGUCCCCCCCUGUCCCCUGCAGGCAGUGGACUCCAUCCUUAUCAAUCGCCCUUAACCUUGGACUGUUCUUGGAGGUGGAGGUGACUUGCAAAGCAUCCAUACAUUAACCACCAUGAUCAACCGUGUAGAGAUCUCAUCAGAUCGCAUCCGUAACAGCAACUCACAGAAUGGAGUCAUCCAGCCACUCCUUACAGACUUGUAUCAGAUCAACAUGGCCUAUGCCUACUGGAAGUCUGGGAAGCAUGAUGACGUUGCAGUGUUUGAUUUGUUUUUUCGCAAGAAUCCCUUCCAAGGAGAGUUCACCAUCUUUGCUGGUCUGCAGGAGUGUCUGACCUUCCUGCAGAACUUCCGCUACUCUGAGUCUGAUAUUGAAUACCUUCGUGAGAACAUGCCACCCACAGUGGAGCCGGAAUACUUUGAGUUCUUGGCAAAUCUGACUACUGAAGAGGUGACAGUGUAUGCUGUGGAUGAAGGCAAGGUGGUGUUCCCCAGGGUACCAUUGCUGGUGCUGGAAGGACCCCUCAUUGUGAUCCAGCUGCUUGAGACCACCCUGCUUACUUUGGUCAACUAUGCUAGCCUGGUGGCAACCAAUGCUGCCCGCUAUCGCAUGGCUGCAGGACGCAAAAUGAAGUUGCUUGAAUUUGGCCUCAGGAGAGCACAGGGGCCUGAUGGCGGUCUGUCUGCCUCCAAAUAUGCAUAUUUGGGAGGGUUUGACGGGACAAGCAACGUGCUGGCGGGCAAGCUGUACAACAUCCCGGUGAAGGGAACACACGCCCACUCCUACAUCUCGUCUUUUUCCUCACUUGAUGACCUGCACAUAGACACACUAAAGCACAAGGAGACAGGAGAGGAACUGAGUCUAAAAGAGGCAUCCCUGAGGUGGAGAUCCCGACUGGCAGACACCCUGAACAUCAUCCAGUCUGAGGCCUCGGAUGGGGAGCUGGCGGCCUUCAUCUCCUUUGCCAUUGCCUUCCCCUGUGGAUUCAUCGCUCUUGUGGAUACUUAUGAUGUGUUGAAGAGCGGCAUCCUCAACUUCUGUGCGGUGGCUCUGGGACUGCAUGACCUUGGCUACAGAGCACUGGGGUUACGAAUUGACUCGGGGGAUCUGGCUUACCUCAGCUGCAUCGCCAGGGCAUCCUUCACCACUGUGGCUGAGGAGUAUGAGCUGGAUUGGUUUGCAAGUCUACAGAUUAUCGCGAGCAAUGACAUCAAUGAAGACACCAUCAUCAGCCUCAAUGAGCAGGGACACAAGAUUGACUGCUUCGGCAUCGGCACACACCUGGUGACAUGUCAGCGGCAGCCGGCUCUCGGGUGUGUAUUCAAGCUGGUGGAGAUCAAUGGAGAAGCCAAGAUCAAGCUCUCGCAGGAUAUGGAGAAGAUCACAUGCCCUGGGAAGAAGAGUGUCUACCGCCUCUAUGGAGAAGAUGGUCAUGCUCUCAUUGACUUGAUGCAUCGAACCUCGGAGGAAGCUCCCCAGUCUGGGAAGAGAGUCCUGUGCCGCCAUCCAUUCCAGGAGGGCAAGAGAGCCUAUGUGAGCCCAGCCAAAGUGGAACCCCUGCACAAGAUGUAUUGGCAGAAAGGGGAACUGCAGCAGCCUCUCCCUGAUCUGGAGGAGAUAAGGGAGCAGGUCACACUCUCACUGGAGACUUUGAGACAAGACCACCGCAGGAACCUGAAUCCCACACCAUACAAGGUUGGGGUCACAGAUAACCUCUACAACUUCUUGCAUGACCUGUGGCUCCAGAAUGCACCUAUUGGAGAACUCUUCUGAGCUUAAAGGGCCCCACAGUCACCCCAAGGUUACCUGCUCCCACAGCAAGGACAUCACCAUACACUGACCAUCACCAUCUAUGAGAGGACACUUUAAGUCAGGGAUUAUCAUAGAGGACUGCACAGUGGUUCUCAGAGCAAUAUUACAUCUGUCAACUUUGAAGUUGGAUAUACAAAUGUAUGUGUGAGUAUUUAAGACUGCUUAUAAAUAUAAAUGUGCAUUUCUAUUAAGUUGGUUGCAUUAUGUGAACAGUAAGUUGCAGUCCUCAGGGUGAUGAUAGGGCAGAGAGCCUGAAGUAAGCAUGGUGUACACUUGCAGGGUGACAGUGAUGUGGACAACAUGUAUGGUCUUACUCUUAUGAAUGUGAUUUGCAAUAUGUGAGAGGUUGGAGAAUCAUAUAUUAUUAAUGAAGAAAAAAAAAAAAAAAACAUUUAGGAUGAAUAGUGGAGAUAAGAUAUUACAUCUGACUUACUGCAGUAUAUACUGCAACUUGCAUAUGGCACACACACACACACACACACACACACACACACACACACACACACACACACACACACACACACACACACACACACACACACACACA